GAAUAGAACAAAGCUAGCAGUCACUCAUAGGUAGCCACCAUGGACGCGGCCUCGGUGCUUCUCCCCUUCGUCCUGGCGCUGGUGGCGAUCCCGAUCUUGCUCGCGCUACUCGACUGGCUGCGCCUCCCGCCGGGCCCGUGCCCGUGGCCGGUGGUAGGCAACCUGCGCCAGAUCAAGCCCGUGCGUUGCCGCUGCUUCCAGGAGUGGGCGGAGCGGUACGGGCCAAUCUUCUCCGUGUGGUUCGGCUCCUCCCUCACCGUUGUCGUCUCCACGCCGGAGCUGGCCAAGGAGGUGCUCAAGGAGCACGACCAGCAGCUUGCCAACCGCACCCGGAACCGCUCCACCCAGCGCUUCAGCCGCAACGGCCAGGACCUCGUCUGGGCCGACUACGGCCCGCACUACAUCAAGGUGCGCAAGCUGUGCAAUCUUGAGCUCUUCACGCAGAAGCGACUCGAGGCGCUCCGCCCCAUCCGGGAGGACGAGGUCACCGCCAUGGUCGCGUCCGUCCAUCGCGCCGCCAUCGGCCCCGGUAAUGAAGGAAAGCCAUUGGUUCUGAGGAGUCACCUUGCUAUGGUGUCUUUCAACAAUAUAACACGGCUAGUUUUUGGGAAGCGGUUCAUGAAUGCAAAUGGCGACAUUAACGAAGAAGGGCAUGAGUUCAAGAGUAUUGUCAACAACGGGAUAAAAAUAGGUGCAUCUCUCUCUAUUGCUGAAUAUGUUUGGUACUUGAGAUGGCUGUUUCCACUUAAUGAGGAGCUUUACAAGACCCACAAUGAGAGAAGGGAUCACCUGACCAAGAAGAUCAUAGAAGAGCAUGCGAAGGCCCUCGAGGAGAGUGGUAGCAAGAAUCAUUUCGUGGAUGCACUGUUGACUCUCAGAGAACAGUAUGACCUUAGUGAUGACACAGUUUUCGGACUUCUAUGGGACAUCAUCACUACUGGAAUGGAUACAACAGUCAUAUCAGUCGAGUGGGCAAUGGCAGAGCUGGUCAGGUAUCCCAGGGUGCAGAAGAAGCUGCAAGAGGAGUUGGACAGUGUCAUCGGCCGUGACCGCGUCAUGUCCGAGGCAGACUUCCAAAAACUGCCCUACUUGCUAGCCGUCGUCAAGGAGUCCCUCCGGUUGCACCCGGCAACGCCGCUCAUGCUGCCGCACAAGGCCAGCGCAAGCGUCAAGGUCGGCGGCUACAACAUCCCAAAGGGCGCCGAUGUCACGGUGAAUGUGUGGGCGAUCGCUCGCAACCCCGAUGUGUGGAGAAACCCGCUGGAGUACAGGCCGGAGCGUUUCCUCGAGGAGAGCAUUGACAUCAAGGGUGGUGACUUCAGGGUGCUCCCCUUCGGCGCGGGCCGGAGGGUGUGUCCUGGCGCGCAGCUGGGAAUCAACCUCGUGGCCUCCAUGAUCGGGCACCUUCUGCACCAUUUCGAGUGGUCUCUUCCAGAAGGUACCAUGCCGGAGGAUGUUGACAUGAUGGAGUCCCCUGGAAUUGUCAUGUUCAUGAGCACGCCGCUGCAGGCUGUCGCCAAGCCGCGCCUGGACAAGGAGGAGUUGUACAACAGGGUCCCGGUUGAGAUGUGA